CCGAGAAGAAAGACACAAGCAGACCUCACGUUACACAAACCAUGAGGAACGCGGCAGUCGACAUGCCGAUGAACGGCGCCGGCGCCUCCUCGUCGCCGAUGUUUGUGCCCGCCUACGGCGCCGGCGGGGGAGUCGGAGUCCAGCCACCGCCGUUCUGGUCGACGCCGACUCCGUACCUGUUCAUCGGCUUCGGGAUUGUGAUGAGCCUCAUCGCGGUGGCGCUGGCCGUGCUCCUCUGCUCCCGCCACAAGGAGGGACGCCGCGAGGAUGAGGAGGAGGUGAUCGUCCAGGCGGGGAUGAUGUCCGUGCGCGUGCUGGCGCCUCUGGACAGGGAAUCGCCCAAGGUGGUGGUCGUGAUGGCCGGCGACGAAGCGCCUUCGUUCCUGGCCAGCGCCACGCCGCUCGCCUUCUCCGGGACGGCGGCCAAGGUGCAGCAAACGUACUGCCAGUGCUACGCCGGCGGCGCCAAGGUGGCCGCCGCCGCCGCCGUGUAGUUAACUGUGCAUGGCCUCUCUUGGGCCGAUCGAUCGACACCAACGUGUAAAUGUGUCGAUCAAAUUAGAUGGGAGGAGUUGGAUUUUGUUCAUAGAUUUUAUCUCCCUUUCCCCAUGAAUUUGUAGUUUUGCGAGAGGUCCAAGGAUGCGAUGCUGGAGAGAUGGGGUUGUUGCGCGGUGCGCGCUGACAGCAUGCACCGAGUGGAUA